UUCUCUUAGGAAAAAAAAUCGUCCGUUUUCUGUCAGCUGUCGUCUGCAAGAGAAAGAAGUGUGGAUCCCGCCAAGGCGUAUUACGGGUGGGAGGCCGCCAGGGCGCCCGGCUUGGACAGAAUCAGCCGCUCACAGCCGCGAACCCUCCAGGAAUUGCUCCCGGUUAUCUUUACAUUGUUAUUCCUUUUUGUAUUAUUCAUAAUCGUCGUGUCGUCCGAGCGGCAGCGGACAAACCGGCCCUGACGUCCCUGUUGUUAUUUAUUAUUCAUUCACAUUAAUCGCCAGCAAUUCUGUCUGCUUUACUUGCUUUGUACUGCGGUUUUGCAUUCCGUUAAAGCCACUUGCUGAGAGAGGUAUUCGGUUCAUUUGUGUAGAGAGAAUCCUCCUUCCCGGCCGCCAUCUUGUAUUUUUGAGCCGUGUGCAAAAUUAUUGAGGAUCAGCACCGAUCGCAGCAUCCCUACUCCUCCUCUACAUCCAUCGGGAGCUCACAGAUGGCCUCUUCGGACAAGAUGGGCUUCUGGCCCGCCGAGCUCUACUCGGUCGCCGUGGUGCAGUUCUCCUACAACAUCAUGGUGUCGUCCUACCUGGGAGGGGAGAUGGCCACGAAGACCAACGCGAAUCGAACGUCCGCCAUGAUGAUUUCCCACGUCGGCGCCAUCUUGCUCUGUUCGAUCAUCACCUUUAUUUCCAGACGACGGGAGAAGGGAACUACCAUCUCCAGAGCGACGGGUGCCAUUUUGGCCGUGGUUCUGCCGACAUUGGUGUGGAUCGCCUACAUGGGCGCAGAACUUUCGCAAACCGAGACGAAGGCCGUCUCCUCCGGGAAGAAGCCGAAGCGGGAAGGCAUGCCUCUCACCAUCUUCUCCUCCAUCGUGGCUUCCCUUCUUCUGUUCUUCCUCAUGUACGUCAUGGAGGAGUUUCAACACUCCCGCUUCCAGGAGUUCCUCAAGGAGAGGAAACAAGACGGAGACGGCGGCGACGUCAAGGAGGUGAAGAUCCUGCUCCAGAACCGCGUGUACGCGGCCCUGCUGGGAUUGUUCGACAUCUUACUGGCGGCUGAGUUCGCUCGCAGUGCUAAACACUACCACAGCCGCGUCGUGUACGUGACCUUCGCGUUCAUCCUGCUCGGACUGUUCCAAUUCGCGCCAGUCAUGCAAAAAAUGCAGGAGGACAAGAGAAAAAGGUUUCAGUUCUUCCUGGCGAACAACUUCAAGGACUUGGUUCUGGGCUUGCUCUGCGUGGUUCUGAUCUGGAAGUUCGGUCUGUCGUCCAGCAAGAUCAUCCUGUUGGCCAAGAGUUCGAGCCUCGUUCUGUACCGGUACAUAGAACAGGCCAGAGAAGAGGAGGGGUCAGAGGGCGAGGUCACGGAGGAAAGGUCGGAGAGGGUCAUAGAAGAAAGGUCAGAGAAGGUCAUAGGGGAAGGGUCAAGGGCAGCUGGCCCUGGUGGCUUGAAUGGGAUCCCAGAGGAGAAACCAGAAGAAGAGAAAAAGGAGGACUAAAAUGUUCACGUUGUCAUCCAUACGUGUACGUGGUAGACUAUGUAAAUUCACUCACAGCU